UUACUGUUGAAUACCGACGGCCAGUCUCGGAAGUUGACUACUGCUGAUUUGAGACUGGUUUUCUACCUGGCUAGCCAGCUACGUUAGCUAGCUGCUAACAGCUUGUAACGUUAGCUAGCUAACAGUAACGUUAGUAGCGAGGCCAGAGAGUCUAACUUUAUCCAUUGAUAAAUAUUUAAGUAAUUAUCAGAAAUAAUCAUAAUUGUUCUAACCAGUCGGUACGUAAUAUUGCGACUGGGCUGGUUUUUGGGGACAUUCAAGACCCCUUCUUGUCAUAACUAGCACUUAGCUAAGCUAGUUAGCAAAGCUAACCAGCAACGUCGCUCCUCUUUCCCCCGUUUUGGGUCCAGUUCAGGCAAGUAAGGAUAACGAAACAACUAGUUCGCUAAACGGGUACUUUUUAUGACAUAAUGGAAAGUUUAACAUUAACUGAUGGAGAGCAGAAGUAUUACUCUGAUUUGUUCGUUUAUUGCGAUACGGACAACACCAAGAAAGUGGCUUCCAACGGCAGAGUUCUUGACCUUUUCCGAGCGGCCCAGCUACCCAGUGAGGUUGUCCUGCAGGUAGGCUACUUAAAUUAACUAGCUAGCUAAACGUAUCAAUCUGUCAAAUGUGAUACAGGUGUGUUUGUCAUGUAUGUGGCGUUCAUGUUGACAGUGGUGAACGUGACGAGACACACCUUCUACUAACCAGUUAGCAAAGUGAAAAAGGGCUUUAAUGCUGCAGCUGGCUAACUAGCAAAGCCUGCUACACAGAAUGAAGUUAGCAAGUUGCUAACAUUACAUUUUAUACAUGGCCAAAAUGAUGUAGAUAGCCACAUGUUCUUUCAACACCAUAGCUAUUUAUUUUCAAUGUUCUUCUAGCUGUCUUUCUGCUUGAUAUUCUUGUAAUUUGAAUCAUAAGCUAGUUUAGCUAUCCCAACUUGUUUUUGUAGCUAACCAGUUUUCAACAGUGGACAGCCCACUUCCUUCCUUGUGCAUUUGAUACUUUGUUGUUUUCUGGACUGGAUACAAAGUUUACAGUAUAGACACACUCUUUUAUUUGUAUCACCUUGAUUCUAUCCAAAGGUCACAGUGCUCAUUUGACUGAUUAACAUGAAUCCGAUCCAAGAUGUGAAGCCAGUAGAAUGUGCAUUGUAGCACAGACUGUGUUACUUGAACAUAGUCAUGUUCAGCUAUUUCUUUGUAUAUUCUUGCUGUUAUCAAUUUGUGGGCUGACACCAACAUUUCUGUUACGGUUGAAGGAUUGCUGGGCUGUCUUUCAUUCAAAGUGUCAGUUAUUGACCGGCUCAGUCUAAUUCCUAAGCCACUUGUACUGGUAGAGGCUAUAUAGAAUUCAUGUGAUAUGAAGGGGUUUGACUCACACUUUUGUUUCAACAUUUACUGUGCUCUUUUGUGGGCCAUGAUAUAUGCUUUUAUUUCCUCCCUAAUGUAAAAACACAGGAUUAAUGGUUUAUGUUAUGGUUGUAUAUUAUACUGAAGAAUAGGCCUGAUCCAUAAAUCUGAGAUGUGAAAUGUGGCCUAUUUCCCAUUGAAAUGAUGCUGACUCACUAGGCCUAGGCUGGUAGCUAUAUUUCUUACCAAUGUUGGUCAAACCCUAUAGCACCGCAAUGGCAAAGUCUCAGGGAAUAGGCCUUCUCCUUACCUCUAAUUCAGAUGCAUCAUUUUAGAAAUGUCAGACCAUUUUGUUUUAUGACGACACAAGUCACAUUGCUCAGUGAGCACACAAAGCAACAGCUGUCUUCCUGUGUUAGGAAGCAAUGUCCUUGGAACUUUCUCUGCGAGAGACUGCAACAUUCUCUCCCAUGAUCAACAAUUUGGCACAAAACAGUAGUGCAUGAACAGAAUAGUGAGUUUAUAUCGCUCUACAGACCUACAGUAUGUUGAUAAUGAGAGGAAUUGCCCCUCCCUACCUUCAGGCUAUGCUCAAACCCUACACCCCAACCCGAGCACUCCGUUCUGCCACCUCUGGUCUCUAGGCCCUCCCACCCCUACGGGAGGGCAGAUCACACUCAGCCCAGUCCAAGCUCUCCUCUUUCCUUGUACCCCAAGUGUGAAACAAAAAAAAAGACUAAGAUGUUAAUUUGUUGUCUCAGAUCACAGAGCUCUGUGGAGCCACUCGCCUGGGCCAUUUUGGAAGGAGCCAGUUUUACAUUGCACUGAAACUCAUCGCUGUAGCCCAGUCCGGACUGCCUCUCCGGGUAGAGAGCCUCAAUUCUGGUUAGUAAACUUCUAGAAUGCUCCAUCUAUUAGAAAUUAACCACUAAAGUAUGAGAGCGGGUAUUAGUCAAGGGGGGACACCGGACAAUGUUGUUUACAUCUUUUUAUGUUUGCCUUUGGUGUGGUUUCAGUUAAAUUCAGUCAGCCUAUAUUGAAGGGACAGUAGCCUAGUCAUGUGUUUUUCACAAUGGCACAUUGCAACAACAGAGCUGAUUGCGUAACUUCAAAGAUGGAAUAAGGAUAGCCUACACUUACCAACAUCCUCUCAAUUGAAUGGACACACAGGUCUAAAAUACAAAUGAGGCAUUGUUUAGGCAUUGAACUGAAUACAGUGCAUUCGGAAAGUAUUCAGACCCCUUGACUUUUAUUCCACAUUUUGUUACGUUACAGCCUUAUUCUAAAAUUAAUUAAAUUGUUUUUUUCCCUUCAUCAAUCUACACACAUUACACCAUAAUGUCAAAGCGAAAACAGGUGUAAAAAUGUUAGCGAAUGUAUUAUAAAAAAAAACCACCUGAAAUGACAUUUACAUAAGUAUUCAGAGCCUUUACUCAGUACUUUGUUGAAGCACCUUUGGCAGCGUUUACAGCCUCGGGGCUUCUUAGGUAUGACGCUACAAGCUUGGCACACCAGUAUUUGGGGAGUUUCUCCCAUUCUCUGCAGAUCCUCUCAAGCUCUGUCAGGUUGGAUAGGGAGCGUCGCUGCACAGCUAUUUUCAGGUCUCUCCAGAGAUGUUUGAUCGGGUUCAAGUCCAGUCUCUGGCAGGGCCACUCAAGGACAUUCAGAGACUUGUCCCGAAGCCACUCCUGCGUUGUCUUGGCUGUGUGCUUAGGGUCGUUGUCCUGUUGGAAGGUGAACCUUCACCCCAGUCUGAGGUCCUGCGAGCUCUGGAGCAGGUUUUCAUCAAGGAUCUCUCUGUACUUUGCUCUGUUCAUCUUUCCCUCUAUCCUGACUAGUCUCCCAGUCCCUGCUGCUGAAAACAUCCCCACAGCAUGAUGCUGCCACCACCAUGCUUCACCGUAGGGAUGAUACCAGGUUUCCUCCAGACGUGACGCUUGCAAUUCAGGCCAAAGAGUUCUUGGUUUCAGCAGAUCAGAGGAUCUUGUUUCUCAUGGUCAGAGUCCUUUAGGUGCCUUUUGGCAAACUCCAAGCGGGCUGUCAUGUGCCUUUUACUGAGGAGUGGCUUCCGUCUGGCCACUCUACUAUAAAGGCCUGAUUGGUAUAGUGCUGCUGAGAUGGUUGUCCUUCUGGAAGGUUCUCCAAUCUCCACAGAGGAACUCUGGAGCUCUGUCAGAGUGACAAUCAGGUUCAUGGUCACCUCCCUGACCAAGGCCCUUCUCUCCCUAUUGCUCAGUUUGGCCGGGCGGCCCGCUCUUGAAAGAGUCUUAGAGGUUCCAAACUUCUUCCAUUUAAGAAUGAUGGCUUGGUUCUUGCUCUGACAUGCACUGUCAACUGUGGGACCUUUAUAUAGACAGGUGUGUGUGCCUUUCCAAAUCAUGUCCAAUCAAUUAAAUUUACCACAGGUUGACUCCAAUCAAGUUGUAGAAACAUCUCAAGGAUGAUCAAUGGAAACAGGAUGCACCUGAGCUCAAUUUAGAGUCUCAUAGCAAAGGGUCUGAAUACUUAUGUAAAUAAGGUAUUUCUUUUUUAAAUGUUUUAUAAAGUCUCAUAUCUGAGUCCAUUAAUAAGUAACAGGAUGCAGAUAUAUGGAUGAUCAGAGAUGGAGCGUCAGUGUGGGUUUGCAGGAAAUAAAGACGCACUAUAUAUACAAAGGUAUGUGGACACCUCUUCAAAUUAGUGGAUUCGGCUACUUCAGCCACACCCGUUGCUGACAGGUGUAUAAAAUUAAGCACACAGCCAUGCAAUCUCCAUAGACAAACAUUGGCAGUAGAUUGGCCCGUGCUGAAGAGCUCAGUGACUUUCAACGUGGCACCGUCAUAGGAUGCUACCUUUCCAACAAGUCGGUUCGUAAAAUUUCUGCACUGCUAGACCUGCCCUGGUCAACUGUAAGUGCUGUUAUUGUGAAGUGGAAAUGUCUAGGAGAACAACGGCUCAGCCGUGAAGUGGUAGGCCACACAAGCUCACAGAACAGGACCGCCAAGUGCUGAAGCGCGUAGUGCGUAAAAACCGUCUGUCAUCGGUUGCAACACUCACUACCGAGUUCCAAACUGCCUCUGGAAACGACGUCAGCACAAUAAUUGUUCGUCGGGAGCUUCAUGAAAUGGGUUUCCAUGGCCGAGCAGCCGUACACCAGCCUAAGAUCGCAAUGCCAAGCGUCGGCUGGAGUGGUGUAAAGCUCACCGCCAUUGGACUCUGGAGCAGUGGAAACAUGUUCUCUGGAGUGAUAAAUCAUGCUUUACCAUCUGGCAGUCCGACGGACGAAUCUGGGUUUGGCGGAUGCCAGGAGAACACUACCUGCCCGACUGCAUAGUGCCAACUAAAGUUUGGUGAAGGAGGAAUAGUGGUCUGGGGCUGUUUAUCAUGGUUCGGGCUAGGCCCCUUAGUUCCAGUGAAGGUAAAUCUUAACGCUGCAGCAUACAAUUACAUUCUAGGCGAUUCUGUGCUUCGACUUUGUGGCAACAGUUUGGGGAAGGCCAUUUCCUGUUUCAGCGUGACAGUGCCCCCGUGCACAAAGCGAGGUACAUUCAGAAAUGGUUUGUUGAGAUCAGUGUGGAAGAACUUGACUGGCCUGCACAGAGCCCUGACCUCAACCCCAUCGAACACCUUUGGGAUGAAUUGGAACGCUGACUGCGAAGCCAGGACUAAAACCCAAACCUCACUAAUAAUCUUGUGGCUGAAUGGAAGCAAGUCCCUGCAGCAAUGUUCCAACAUCUAGUGGAAAGCCUUCCCAGAACAGUGGAGGCUGUUAAAGCAGCAAAGGGAGGAACAACUCCAUAUUAAUGCCCAUGAUUUUGGAAUGAGAUGUUCGACGAGCAGGUGUCCACAUACUUUUGGUCAUGUAUUGUACAAGCGAAGAAUAGAGAACAAAUUCAACAGGAAAUCGCACAGCCUAAACAGGAAGCUGGGCCAAAUAUAUUGGAGGAAAAGACUCAAAGUAGCUCUUGAAAACAUAAACAUUAGGCUUUGUAAAGCACCAUUGAUAUAUAAUUUAAGUAAAUCGACUAACACUUACCUAGAUGUGGUUAAUAAUGCAGUUGAAAACAAAUGUUGUGGUUGUCAAUUUCAACACUUUUGUAGGCCAUGUUGUAAUAGGCCAUACUAGACUACAACAGCUGACUAGUCAAGUCCUGCUAGUUGAGACAACUAGCUAGAGUGGAUUUGAGGCAGUACUGUUAUCUAACAGUGUUUCUCAUCUACAGUCAAGGACUUGCCUCUGCCUCGCUUUGUUGUGGCCAAGAAUGAGCACGAGGCCAGACACACAGCCAUGUACCCGGACUCUGAGAACCAGGGGCCUUACCAGGGUGUAAUCCCACGACCCCCAGGCCGAGGGCAGGUCAAGAAGGUGUCUGCCCAUGAGGUCAUUCAGUCCUGCGUGCCCACAGUAGAACCACAGGUCAGUGCCCCUCUGAGCAUUUCUCUUAUCAAGACAUCUCUAGUGGAGAAAAAUGUAUGAUACAAAACUAUUUGAAUGAUAUCGUUUCUUGACAUAUAGAUCUGUCAGAAUUACAAUUCAAACUUUGAUAGACAUGAGGUUUUCAUCUGUUAUUUGCCACUCUUUGCAGCUGCAGCCCGACACCACAUCCCCUGUGGUGUCUCCUCACCAGUCCCCUCCCACCUCGCCCCACUGGAGAAAGCACAAACGUCAGGCCAGCGGGGGGAACGUAGAGAGACAACCUGUGGUUGUGGCAGGUGCUGUCUGGACACCUUUCAGAGAAGCACAAGCAGGUACACACUCCACGCAACAACCUGUAUCCUCUGUGAAUGUUACAAUCUGACAAGUUUUACAGUUUGUUGUAGAUGUGUAUUAACAUCUGUACACAGUUGUAAUGCAUUGUUUUGGCUUUCCCCAGUCAUACAACUAUGACAUAGCUUGUUAGAUAAGUGAGAGGUUCAGCCAAUAAACAGAACAUGAUUAUUGAUAAUAACAAUAUUGAUGGCGUUGAAGACAUGCGUCUCCAUAGUCCACUCACUCAAUGCUUGAGUGUGCUCACUGCGUCAGCUAGGAGGAGCGCUGUGUAAUCUAAUUGCCCUGUCUGAGGCUGUGUAACUCUCCUCUCUCUACAGGACCUGUGGUGGCAGGUGAUGGGAUGUGGUCUGCCCACUCUCCUCCCCCUGUUCAGGAAAGCUGGGUCAGUUUGAAAGAUGCUCAUCCCCCCUCCUCCAGCACACUCCCAGCAAUACAUUCCUCGCCGGUCCAGGUAGUGCAGCAAAUGCUUCCAUGGACCUGGCAUAUUUCUCGUAAUGGCUUAAAGGCAUAGAGAUGCCUCUUUUAUCUUCACUUAGUUUCUGGCCUAUUUCACUAGAUGCUCUAUUUCAUUGGCUAAUGUUUCCCCCUCAUAUAACUACAUACAGUGCAUUCGGAAAGUAUUCAGACCCCUUGACUUUUUCCACAUUUUGUUACGUUACAGCCUUAUUCUAAAAUGGGUGAAAUUGUUUUUUUCCCCCCCUCAUCAAUCUACACACAAUACCCCAUAAUGACAAAGCGAAAACAUGUUUUUAGAAAUGUUUGCACAUUUAUUAAAAAUAAAUCUAUAACAUUUACAUAAGCACCUGUGGCAGCAAUUACAGCCUCGAGUCUUCUUGGGUAUGACGCUACAAGCUUGGCACACCUCUAUUUGGGGACUUUUUCCCAUUCUUCUCUGCAGAUCCUCUCGAGCUCUGUCAGGUUGGAUGGGGAGCGUCGCUGCACAGCUAUUUUCAGGUCUCCAGAGAUGUUGGAUCGGGUUCAAGUCCGGGCUCUGGCUGGGCCACUCAAGGACAUUCAGAGACUUGUCCCCAAGCCACUCCUGCGUUGUCUUGGCUGUGUGCUUAGGGUCGUUGUCCUGUUGGAAGGUGAACCUUCGCCCCCAGUCUGAGGUCCUGAGCGCUCUGGAGCAGGUUUUCAUCAAGGAUCUCUCUGUACUUUGCUCCGUUCAUCUUUCCCUCGAUCCUGACUAGUCUCCCAGUCCCUGCUGCUGAAAAACAUCUCCACAGCAUGAUGCUGCCACCACCAUGCUUCACCGUAGGGAUGGUGCCAGGUUUCCUCCAGACGUGACACUUGCCAAAGAGUUAAAUCUUGGUUUCAUCAGACCAGAGAAUCUUGUUUCUCAUGGUCUGAGAGUCCUUUAGGUUCCUUUUGGCAAACUCCAAGUGGGCUGUCAUGUGCCUUUUACUGAGGAGUGGCUUCCAUCUGGCCACUCUACCAUGAAGGCCUGGUUGUCCUUCUGGAAGGUUCUUCCAGCUCCACAGAGGCUCUGUCAGAGUGACCAUUGUGUUGUUGUUCACCUCCCUGACCAAGGCUCUUCUCCCCCUAGGAAGUAGUUCCAAACUUCUUCCAUUUAAGAAUGAUGGACUCCACUGUGUUCUUGGGGACCUUAAGUGCUGCAGAAAUGUUUUGGUACCCUUCUCCAGAUCUGUGCCUCGACACAAUCCUGUUUCGGAGCUCUACAGACAAUUCCUUCCACCUCAUGGCUUGAUUUUUGCUCUGACAUGCACUGUCAACUGUGAGACCUUAUAUAGACAGGUGUGUGGCUUUCCAAAUCAUGUCCAAUCAAUUUAAUUUACCACAGGUAAGGGUCUGAAUACUUAUGUAAAUAAGGUAUUUCUAUUUUUAAUUGUUUAUACAUUUGCUAAAAAUUCUAAACCUGUUUUCGCUUUGUCAUUAUUGGGUAUUGUGUGUAGAUUGAUGGAAACAAAUAUUUAAUCAAUUUUAGAAUAAGGCUGUAACAUAACAAAAUGUGGAAAAAGUCAAGGGGUCUGAAUACUUUCCGAAUGCACUGUAGCUACUGCUAGUUCACUGCAAUAAGUCGGGAGCAGUUCUUUGUCCAAACAAGCAAUAUUCUUUGUAAGUGGUUUGAGGUAUUUGAAGACAAAUGCUUGCAAACGCAUCUCCCCCCUCCUUUUCUGCUACUCUUUUGUAUAUUUUCCAUUGUCUGUGUACUCGUUGCUUAUUAGUACUAUCACAACUCUUUAGGGCAGGGGUGUCAAACUCAUUUUAGCUCAGGGGCCACAUGGAAGAAAAUCUAUUCCCAAGUGGGCCGGACCGGAAAAAUCAUGGUAUAUAUAUAACUUAAAAACAACAACUUCAGAUUGUUUUCUUUGUUUUAAUACGAUCAACAUACAACAUAAAGCUGGAGCCUGAGGACAGUGUCCAAAAGCACAACAUCACUAUUAAUCAUAAAACACCUCAAGUUAUUUGAAAGUUCUGAGGACAAAGAACACACAAACACACAAUGCCUCAGUGAUUCACAGAAGUAUAUCACAGAACUAUAUCAGGGUGUCAUUUCUCAGGCAGAAAUGUAGAUAAAAAUAAUGAAAUCCUGUUCCCCAAACAAGUGCAAGAACCACAGAGUCAAGAAUAGGUUAAAUAUACAAAUAAAAUAAAAUAAAUUAAAAACAAUAGCACAUCAACAUAAAAACAUAUAAACAUAAAUCUGAAAGCGUUGCUCAAACUCCCGUAACAGUCCCGUUAUUUUAUCUUUGAACCGCUUCAUGUCUGCCACAUGUUGGGUCGCGCACACAUUUUUCAGACAGGGGAAGUGAGCUGCAUCACCACCGGAAAGUUGCGUCUCCCACAACGACAGCUUCAACUUGAAAGAACGUAUGCUGUCAUAAUACUGCGUGACAACUUUGUUGCGCCCUUGCAGCUGUUUGUUCAAGUUAUUCAGGUGCUCUGUAACAUCCACCAUAAAUGCAAGGUCCUGCAUCCAUUCUGCGGAAUGAAAUUCUAACACUGGUUUUCCCUUUUCUUCCAUGAACUGUUCAAUUUCUUCUCGUAAAUCAAAGAAACGCCUCAGCACCUCGGCUUAACCAUCUUACCUCAGUGUGGUAUGGCAGGCCAUAGAUGUGGUCUUUCUCUCUGAGAAGGCUGUCAAACUGACGGUGAUUCAGGCUUCUGGAUCGGAUGAAAUUAACAGUUUGGAUGACCACCUUCAUGACGUUAUCCAUCUUUAAUGACUUGCAACACAAAGCCUCCUGGUGCAAAAUACAGUGAAAAGUCAAAAAAUCACGUCCUCCAUUUGCAGAUUGCACUUUCUCUCUGAACUUUGUCACAACGCCUGCUUUUUUCCCGAUCAUUGAGGGCGCACCAUCUGUAGCCAGGCUGACAGCGCGGGACCAGUCCACUCCGACCCUGUCCAGCGCGCCGACGAGUGCGGUAAAAAUAUCAGCUGCUGUCGUUGUAUCUGUCAUCGGCACCAACUCCACGAACUCCUCGGUGACGGUCAAUGUGUCAUCAACUCCGCGGAUGAAAAUGGCCAGUUGUGCAACAUCUGUAAUGUCCGUGCGUUCAUCAAUUGCAACCGAAAACGCAAUAAAUGACUUUACUUUUUGCUUCAACUGGCUGUCCAAAUCCACUGAAAGAUCGGAAAUCCUGUCUGCAACUGUGUUUCUUGUCAGGCUGAUAUUUGCAAAAGCCUGCCGCUUUUCAGGGCACACAAUCUCCGCUGCCUUCAUCAUGCAUGUUUUUACAAAUUCACCCUCACUAAAUGGUUUUGAAGCCACUGCGAUUUCAUUAGCAAUGAGGUAGCUAGCUUUCACUGCAGCGUCACUGAUGUCUCGGCUGUGAGUAAACACAGACUGCUGUUUCUUCAGACCCGCCAACAGUUCAUUCACCUUCUCUCAUCUCCGCUGUCCUUGAAAGUUGUCAUAUUUGUCGGCAUGAAGACUCACAUAGUGGCGACGAAGGUUAUAUUCUUUCAGCAUAAAUAGGAUGACCAUUUUUCUUGGAACACUCUGCACUCUGCGUCCACUUUUCUAUUUUUUGACAGAGACAUAUUGGGGCAAUGAGGGUGCCAAAGCACAUAAUGUUAAAAGUAGAAGCCGUAAUAAAUAUCGCGGGCAAAACAAAGUAGCUCAUUGGCUGCACGUGCUUGACCUACUUGCUCUGCCCCGGUAUAAACAGUUUGCUUGCUUAACACACUUGCUAUUGCGCCAUCCAGUGGACGCAAUUGGAACAGCAGUUUAUUUUAUUGAAAAAUUGCAGUGCAUUUUCAUACUUUACAAAAUUAUUAUUAAAUAUAUAUAUAUAUUUUUCAAAAUCAUCUCGCGGGCCGGAUUAAACCCGUUUGCGGGCCUGAUCCGGCCCGCGGGCCGGACGUUUGACACCCCUGCUUUAGGGGAUUGUUUCAAUAUGUUUUCUCUCUCUAAAUGUUUCACGUGACUGUCUUUAGGAGAACUCUUCGAUACGAACAGUUGCAUCUGCUUCAACAACCAAUGAAAUCCAAAGACAGUCCAGUGGUGGUUAUGACGACCCCUGGAAAAUCACAGACGAGCAGAGACAGUAUUACAUCAAUCAGUUCAAGACCAUCCAACCAGACCUCAACGGUUUCAUUCCUGGUGAGUAGUGAGCUUUGUUUGAAACCACCUUUUACACGUAUUCACCUUAAAUCAGCAAUCUGCAGUUGCUUCAUCCAAUUUUGGACUUAUAAAUUAAUGAUAUGUUAUUCAAGAAUCAACUGUCGUACCCAAUCAGAACCCAACAUAUACGUUUGUUUUACACCAAUGAUUGUAAACGUUGUAAAUGCCUCAACAUGCUUAGAACUAUCAUUUCUCCAGGCCCAUCCCUCAGCUUUUUACCAAAACAGAGGCAGGGAACCGCUUUGUUAUUGUUUCAAUUAAGAAUUGGCCCUUUAAAAGUUACAGGGACUGGCUGUUAUGCUACAGUGAUUGACCCAGCACAAUCUGUUUUUCCCUUCCUCUAUAUUUCAGGUUCUGCCGCAAAAGAAUUUUUCACUAAAUCAAAGCUACCUAUUCUUGAACUGUCCCAUAUUUGGUAAGUUAUUCAAAAGUGUGCUAUUGGCUUUAGUUGAGAUGCUCCCCAUAUGUAAUGAUGGAAUUAUAUUAUGAGCCACCUGCUGUAUUCUUAAUCCAGGAAGCAAUACCAAAGAAUGGAAUAUAUGACCCUCAAUAACUCCUCUUCAAUUUAAUGAAUUUGGAUAACUCUUGCUCAGUGAUUGAAUUCACAAGGGAUUCGAGCAGUUCUCUAUUCACGAGUGGGUUGUCUUUUUUGCUGAUUAACGUUCUUUGCAUUACAGGGAGCUGUCGGAUUUCGAUAAAGACGGGGCCUUGACACUGGAUGAGUUCUGUGCUGCAUUUCAUCUGGUUGUUGCUAGGAAAAACGGCUAUGAUCUUCCCGAAAAGCUGCCGGAGAGUCUUAUGCCAAAGCUUAUUGACUUGGAUGACUCAGCAGGUAAAAGCUGGUGCUCUCCUCCUGCUAUAUAAUCAGAAUUUGUCCAAAUCUGGCCUUGGGACCGUCUGCUGCAGACAGUUGAUUUAUGAAACACAGAGAGAAAUUAGCAUGAUUGAAUGGAACUGUCAUCUUGAUUUAUAUAAAUAUUCCAGAGGUUCCAGACCAGGCCCCUGACGUGGGCUACUCGGGCUCCCCCGUGGAGGUGACCCCCAACAAGUCCCCCUCCAUGCCCUCACUCAACCAGACCUGGCCUGAUCUCAACCAGGGCAACGAGGUUGGACACAGAACCACCACAUGUUAUCACUGUAAAAUAGGACAUUGUUGAACUUUUGCCAUUCCAGCAUUUUGCAAAUUACUUCUCAAUUAAGUGAUCGAUAAGGGUCUUUCCGUUGCUAGGUUUUAGUAGCUAUCCUCUUGCAGUAAUUUCCUAAUUCAGUAUCUUUCUUGUCCAUUUUUGAGAAACACAGGUUAGUACUUACAGAAAGCUACAAUUGUUGAUAUUCUCAAUCAGUCAGUUUGCUCCAUUUCUGUUUAGCUAGUUAUCAUUCUUAGAUCAAAGUGUUUUCACUAACCAGGUUCCAGCCAAUAUCCUCACUAUUAUUAAUGGAUUAUAAGUGAUGAUAAAUGCAGUUCAUCACCCCCUCCUGUGUGAGAGCAGUGGGGUUUGUAACUGGGUGGGGAAUCAUCCUGUGUGCUGAUGUGUUUCUGCUCUGUCUCUCUAGCAGUGGGAGACUUUUAGUGAACGCUCCUCCAGCUCACAAACUCUGACCCAAUUUGAUUCUAACAUUGCACCAGCUGACCCUGUAAGUCCAUCACUUAGUAUGCAUGUUUCAGUAUUAAUUAUGAAAUUAACCCAAUAACUAAUUGAGAGCUGGCUCUCAGAGUGCAUGUACUUAGUGCUACUGGAUCCACCGCGACGGCAGUGCCCAUGUGAUUUUGCUUGCUUAGCUUAUUGGCUUUUUUCUGUCCCAUACUAUGAUUUUAGAAUAUGACCUUGUGGGCGCUACAAGGUCCUGGGAUAUUAGCUAAAUGUUAGCAAAAUUUAAUAUCUUUCACAUAUUCCAUUUUCUCAAUCUGCAUAAUUGCCAUGAAUAGAAGCCUUUUCUAACCUUUACAAACUGUUCUGACAAUAUGAAAGAUUUCAAUCCUAAUGGCAGUAUGUGGGCUUAUGAUCAAACUAAGACACCUCUGUCCUUACAGGAUACAGCCAUUGUCCACCCUGUCCCCAUCCGCAUGACCCCAAGCAAGAUCCAUAUGCAAGAGAUGGAGCUGAAGAGAACCGGAAGUGGUAAGAGCUCUGUCUUCUAAAGCAGCGUUUACUUUGGAGACUCGAUCAACUAGCAACUCUCAAUAAUUUUACUGGAAGUAGUGAAGGGAUGCACUACCUUUUUCUAAAUGCUGUUAAGGGAAUUUACCGUUUUUUUUCUUCUCAUUCCUGUAGACCACACCCAUCCUACGAGUCCCCUGAUGGCUAAACCACCAGACCUCUCAGAAGAAACUAAGCUUGCCACCUCUAUGAAGUUUGUAACUGCUAACUCUGGUAAGUGUCUCAAGGGAUGUGCCAUUAUAAAGAACUUACGACGGUUGCAAUUUGUAGGUAGAUCUAUUGUAGGAAAUAUGGCCUAUGUGACCAUAAUUAUAUUGCAUUUCCUUGAGGCAUGGUUAAACAUACAAUACUCGUAUUUCUCUCCUAAAGGUGAUGGUUAUAGCAGUUCAGAUUCAUAUACUUCGGAUCAAGACCCAAUUACAAGUGUUGUAUCUAGACAAAGGUAAGUUGGUCUCAAUAUCUAGAGAUAUUCGAUGUCAAAACACAUGUGCGUUGUUUAUUGAAGAGUUUUUGAAUGGUAAGCUCACUAGCUGUGUUUUAGGUCUCAUUCUGGGAACUCUCCUGAAGGACUGAAGGUGGUGGCUGCCCCCCCACCGCCCCCUCCCAGACCCCACGCCUCCCACUCCCGCUCCUCCUCGCUAGACAUGAACAGAAGCUUUGCGUCUGUCCCCACCGGGCCACAGUUGGCUGGAGUCGUGGCCUACCCUCCAGCCGUGCCUCCUAGACCACUACCCACACAGGUAGAACAAUCAGUACAGACCUGAAGACUUUUAUCAAAAUGUUGCCUCCUCUGUGUAGUCUUUAAUAGGAAAUGUACAUAUUGAAAUUCUGAAAUCUCCUUACUUUAUAUUGUUCUAUUGACUCUACACAGACUACUACUACUACUACUACUACUACUACUAAGGGAGUGAACGUUAUUUAUAAUAAGUGUUACAUGGAGAAAAUCGGACGUCUCUGAAAUGAAAAUGGAUAGCACUCCUUUCAGCAAAAUAUAUUUGAUCUAAACCCUCCCUAAAUGCUUGGGGGGGAAAAAGGUGACAUAUACCCAAAAUAAUAAUUAAAACGAAGUGGAUAGCAGAGAACAUGCCUACUGUUUACCCUCACUUCUUGGACAGACCAGAGCCUUAGAUAUGCAGUUUUAGAAACGGUUAUUUGUUCUGUAAGCAUUACAUUUUACAUUUUAGUCAUUUAGCAGACGCUCUUAUCCAGAGCGACUUACAGUUAGUGAGUGCAUACAUUAUUUAUUUUAUUUUUCAUACUGGAAUCGAACCCACAACCCUGGUGUUGCAAAUGCCAUGCUCUACCAACUGAGCUACAUCCCUGCCGGCCAUUCCCUCCCCUACCCCGGUCGCGGCCGGCUACGACAGAGCCUGGAUUACAUGGCAAUGCAGGAUUUCUUUUUUUGUGCACAGGGCUGCAGGCCAGAAGGUUGUGAGUUCAGAGACCACUGUGGAUAACAGUAGGGGUGGAAAGAUCUCCUUUAUAAUAAAAGCAUUUGCAUGAAUCUAUCAUAUUUCUAGGUGCGAGGGGGAAAAAAUUGCCAUUUAGAAACAUUUCAUGCAAUUCUACAUAAUUUGAGAUAUUAGCAGAAUCUUUUUUUAAUACCCCAUAAAUGACAGAAAUGACAGGCUAAAAAUGGAGAGAUAUACCUAUGUGUUCAUCUUGCCAUAUUUCUCCAAUGCCAAAUCAGUGUGUUUUGUUUGCGACAAAACUGUCCCUGUUUGCAAAUAAUCAUUAGGAAUCUGAGCAUGGUACUUUCAAAGUUAAGCCUACCUUUCCACCCUUAGACAGAGUAGGCCUACUGACGCAGAAAAAUAUAAGCUUUAACUACUGGCUACUCUUCUUCCGUGGCUUAACGGAAGUCCUCUGUAGCUCAGCUGGUAGAGUACGGCGCUUGUAACGCCAAGGUAGUGGGUUCGAUCCCUGGGACCACCCAUACACAAAAAAAGAAAAAUGUAUGCACGCAUGACUGUAAGUCGCUUUGGAUAAAAGCGUCUGCUAAAUGGCAUAUUAUUAUUAUAUUAUUAACCCAACGAGAGGAGGUCACAAGUGUUUCCCUAAAAGCUGUCUUAAACAUCUUCUAUUGUGCAGAAAGUGAAUAGCUUAAUCAAUUGAUAGUGACCGAAUUAGAUUACUUCCCAAACAAAGUACAUUUUUGUCUCCUCUGUAGCUCAGCCUCUGAUUGUCAAAGAAACAAUAUCCUCAUAUGCAUCGGAGUCACGUCUUUCCUGGGUAUUUUACAGCUCGUUUCUAGCAUAAAGCAUCACGGAUAAUCGGAUCUGUAAUUUUUUCCCCCUCUAAAUCUUAAGAUAGCGAUGGGUAGGCCUGUGCUUUUUCUUGCCAUAUUCUUUAAUAAAACGUAGGCUUAUGGCAAAUCUAUGGAUAUAGCAGCCUAUAGCCUGUGGUUAAUUACCUCUGUCAAACAGGUAGGCCUACCUCUUAUUUCUUAAAUAGGAAGAAAUAGGCUCCAACACAAAGCCCUCUUGUUGUUAGUGAAGUCUAAUUUAAAAUGAAGACUGUUGAAAUUAAUUAUGCCUACUGUCCAUUGGUUGUGCCUCGGCUGCUGCUUCAAGUUUCAGCACCACAAUAUAAGUUACUCGAAUCAAUAACUCUGAAUACAUCAUGUGCAAUAAACUUUUAAUUUAAAAAAACAAAUCAAAGCUAUCAAAGUUGACCUCCGGUCCUCCCUCAUCUUCACGCUCUCCUCCUCAAACUGAACAGAACGUAAGUUAUAGGGUAGUCCGCGCACAAGAUAUUGCAUUUUUGGACUAUUAUUUUCGGAAGAAACCUUUGACUCUCCUUCUGAACUGCCACCAUAGCCCUACACAGCACAUACAUUGGUUAAGCAGCACACAAAAACAUUUUUGAUCAGCAAGAGCAGAGCAGCUCAGGGCUCAGGGUUGGAAUAUCCAUUGCAGUGUGUAAUGCAGCCUAGUUUUAUUUACACCAUCCCAGCAGCGAUCUUAGUAAUAUAACUUUGCUCUGUGCUUCUCUGAGCAUGCACUUCAUAGCCUAUGGAUAAUUUGAUUGAGACUACACUAAAUAGCCUAUGAGCGCACUUGAUAUUGCACAUCUCCUAAUAAGCAACUAAUACUAAAACACUGAGAAAUAUUAAAAUUUCAUCAAUUACAAAUUACAUGACCCUCCCCUGGACUAGAUUUAAAAAAUACUAAACCCUCCCCUUGAUUGAAAUUGAAAAAGCAUGACCUUCUCCCAUUUUCCUCCAAGUACCCAUUCAGUAAAUAUCGAUCCACCUCUAAGUCAUUGACUAAGUAAUCUCCAGUUCAAGGUUGUUUUCAAUAUGCAGUGUUCAGUCUGAACCCUCUGUCUAUCCCCUUUGUCGCCAGACCUCGGGUCCCCAUAGUGGGCAUCGCUUGGAUGAGGGCCUGGCAGCUCACUCCACUACCUCGCCCCAGCAGAUCCCGGAGCAGCCCAACUUCGCUGACUUCAGUCAGUUCCAGGCGUUCGCUGCCUCAGAUCAGCGGAGCGACGACGGGGAGAAGCACCCAGAGAGUCUGCCGGUAAGUAAGACACAGUACAAUACAGAACCACCCUGCAGUUGAAGGUAACCUAACCCGGUUCUAUCAUAUUUGCGCUGUUAUAAUAAAAGACACUGAGAUUGUUAGUGCUCCAUUCACAGGUAGAAAAGUCUUCAGAAGGUGCUGGGCCUUUGAGAACCGUGAAGAGUGACAACCAGGAAGAGAGAGCUGCAGCUACUGUGAACUCUGUAAGUAGUUGACUUAUUUAGACCAUGAUGCACCUCAAUCAAUCACCCCAACUACCUCGUACCUCAGUAUACUGACUCGGUACCUGUAUAUAGCCUCUUUAUUGUUAUUUUGUUACUAUUUUAAUUUGUAUCUUAAUAUUGUUAUUGAUAUUUUGUUACUAUUUACAUUUUUAUCUAUUUGUUAAUUUUCUUACUUUUUAACUGCAUUGUUGGGAAAGGACUCGUAAGUAAGCAUUUCACAGUAAAGUAUUUUAUUCGGCGCAUGUGACAAAUAGCAUUUUAUUUUAUUUGAUGCCAAUACUGGGGGCCUCAAUGUCCUCCUUUCAUGCAUAUGGUUCAUUUCAGAUGAUUUCUACAGUGUGUUUGUUUUUUCCCUGUCAGGCCAAAGGGUCCAUCAUGGCCCCCCCACCCAAGCCUGUCCGCCGGAGACUGAAGUCUGAGGAUGAACUCCAGGAAGAGGCCCUCCCCCUGAAGUCUAACGUCAUAGCCACUGUUCUAGCUAUACAGCCAUCCAUUCCCAGGUAGGAACAGGGGCUCCAUAUGAAUCUGAAUAGUGACUGGUCUGUCGUUGUUGAUUUAUUAUAGAUCACUUAAUUGGCAUCGAAAUGAAGAAAUUAACUUUGUAAUUUAAAACAAAUACAGGUCGAUUGGGAAGGAUAAAAAAGCAAUUCAAGCCUCUAUCAGAAGAAACAAGGAGACCAACACAGUCUUGGCCAGGCUCAACAGUGAAUUACAGCAACAGCUAAAGGUAGGGGAGUGUUUAAACACAGCACAUGCAUACUAACCAAUCUGUUAGUGAACUGAACCUGAGGCUUGUUUUUGAACAUUUUGGCUUCAAAAAAGCAAAGCCUUUAACAAGGUUGAACUUCAGUCCUAAUUUUAGGUUCUUUAUCUUGUUGUUUUUCAUUCAUAGGACUUGCUAGAAGAGAGGAUAUCUUUGGAGGUUCAACUGGAACAGCUCAGACCAUUUUCCCAUUUGUAACCUGUGUGUGUGAGGAGGACAAGUCCAUCAGAGCAGAUAGGAGAGGCCUGAAGGGGCCUUUUGUGUGAUUCACAUAGUGUUCUCCCGAUGUCCACUCCCUCUGUGUUCUGCUGUCUACUGUGGGAACCAGACUCUGUCAUCGACUGACUGCAACAACAUACCCUGAGUCAACCUCAUCGGACAGAGAACAGUCUUACCAGAGCGGCUGGGAUGGGAAUGUUACAAAU